ACAUGUUUUGCUGCAAAGCUAUGGAUGAUGUUCUGCAGGAUGGCUAGCCUCUUCUCCUUAAGUUCCAGGCCACAGGCCCUCUUUCGAUUAGCAAGCGCCGCCAAUAGACCACUGUGCCGUAGAAAUUUGCAUCUGACGGCUGUAGUUCGACAGACCAGAGAUGAUGACCUCUUCUCAUCUGCGGCUCCGUCUGGGGCUCCGUUAUCCGAAGCGUCUAGGUCCACCGCUGCAGCCAAAGCGAAAUCUCAGGACGCUGCUACGCGUCGAGAACAACAGUUUUAUGAGCUUGUGGAAUAUGUGACCGACCGCACGGGACGCAAACGCGCCAUCAAAGCCGGCCAAGUGCGCCAAACUGCCUGGCUCCGGCUGUUCCAGCUCGCAAAUUCGUCAGAGCAGCUAGAAAUGGUAGCAGAGCUGUUUCCGAGGUGGAGAGACUCGGGCAAAGAGUUCCGCCCCAUACACGCAGAGGCUUUUGUCUGCCGCUGUGAGGAGCUGAAGUGUCCGACACUUGCACUCAAGGUUUUUGGAGAUCAUCCGAAAUAUGGUCUGGGCUUGAGCUCUCUCUCCGCUGCACGGCAUAUGCUGCACUCGGUCUAUGCCAAGCACCCGCUUUCAGAUUCUAUGACUGUCGCAGCUCUCUUUGGUGUCUACAAGCUCCCACCUGUUUCAUCUGACCUCGCUGCUUGUUCCAUGCUCUACUCCGCAUGCCUCAAAGAUAAUUCCGCAAAUGCGCGGGUCGUGGGCAAGGCGUUGCACGAGGAGCUCAAGAAGCAUGCCCAGGACAAGCCUCCCAUCAGGGCUCCACGGGAAAGCGUGAUGAGGGCAAGAUAUGCAGAGAAGCCCAAUAUUUGGUUGCUGGACGCCCUCAAGACCAUUGAGAACGUACACAAAAAGUCGGGAAAGGAGUGGAGGUGGUUACGAUCUUGGACAACAGAGCGUGAAUGGCGCCCCCGCAAUACGUUUACUCCCAGGCAACCUGCAGCUACCGCUGAGCACGCGUAGUUACAGCUUCUUUUAUUACCAGUCGUAUCUAAUGGAUUUCUUUUAGAACUGGAAUUUGACGCAAGCGUAUACUCCCGAACUCCCAUCAUUGAUGAGCGUGAAUACUGAUCAGUAAUUCCGUAUAUUGGAUAUUUACAAUUGAUGCAUGCUUCCUUGUCUACUUAAGUGGUGGCGAGUCUAGCGUACCAAGUCAGCUCACAUGACCAACACGGUUCUGCCUAACUUCUGCUGUCAU